CAGUCAAGAGAGAUUGUGCACAAGGCUGUGCCAGCAGGCUCGAGCGAAAGGAUCAAAGUGAUGAAAGCUCGCCAUCGACAUACUUGCUCGGUGUCGGAUUGAUUGUCGACGUGCCCGCGCGCCGAAAUGGCCUCGAACGAGGUCAACGCGCCGCCGGCGGAGAACGGGGUUGCCGUGGCGGUUGAAGCGAACGGCAAGAGCAGCUUGGAUAGCGCUGACGCCCCGAUUGCUGUCAGCAGCAAAGUGCCUGGGAUCGAAGCAGGAGCGGUAGCAUCAGAUUGGCCGCAAGAUGACGAAGUCGACGAGGAAACACCUGGGGAAACAUCUGCGCAAGGCCUUAAGCAGGAGCUGGAGCGCGCAAGGCGCGAGCGAGAUGACUUUGAGGCUCAGUACAAGGGCCUCCUUGGUAAGCUCACGCAAAUGCGGAGUACUCUUGGAGAGCGGCUGAGGCAGGAUGCUGAAGAGCUCGAAGCGAAAGAGGCGCAAAUAGAAGCAUUGGCAAGCAAGACCGAGGCGCUGACGGACACAGUAGACACGCUCAAGGAAGAGCUAGUCGCAUCGAACGCGGAAGCCGAAAAGCUCACCUCUGAGCUUUCCGUGCUAAAAGCUUCGUCUGGACCCGCAGCUCGUACAAACGACUCUGACUCACACGACAAGAUCGCUUCACUGGAGCGUCGGACGCGCGACAUCCUCGAACAAUGCGAGAAGCUGCGGAUAGACGUCGAAUCAUGGGAGUCGGACUGCAUGAGCGAGCGGGCAUCGAAGGAAGAAGCGCAGGUACGCUUACGACAUUCGGAAACGGCCAGAGAGGAGGCAGAGGCCCGAGUCCAGGAGCUUGAGGCGAGCGUGGAGAGGGAGAGCCAGACUGCGAGGGAGAUGCAGUCUGUGCUGGAAGAAUUCCAGGCGAGCCAGGACAGCGAACUGCAGCGCGCGCUCGGUGACUACCAGGCAAAGUACGAUCGGACCGCCGAGGCGCUGGAGGAACACAAGGAGAGGGCCAAACAGGCUGAAACCAAGCUGCAAGAGUACCAAAGCGCAGCAGGAAGGUGUAAUGUCCUCGAGAAGGACGUCAAGGAGAAGCACCUGCUGAUCGGCAAGCUGCGCCACGAAGCCGUCAUUCUCAAUGAGCAUCUGACCGAAGCUCUUCGGCGCCUACGCAAUGAAGGCUCGGAUGCGACUGUGGACCGACGACUUGUGACGAAUCUCUUACUGCAGUUCUUGACGACGUCACGCGCGGACGCGAAGCGCUUUGAGAUGCUCUCGCUCAUCGCGUCCGUCCUGCACUGGACCGACGACGAGCGCGAGACGGCCGGGCUCGUCGCGCGCAAAGACGGGUUCGCUGAGAGCGGCGGCGGCCGUGGCGGUGAGGGGUACGCACAGGGGCAGCGAACGCCGGGCAGCGCAGGGCGGAGAUACAUUGGGAUCGGCGUCGAGAGCACAUGGAACAGACAAGGGGGGCAAGGCAAGGGUCACGGGCGCGGACGAUCCGGGAAACCGUUCGACGGCAGUGGCGGGUCAGGAGGCGAGGAGUCGUUCUCGAACCUAUUCGUCGAGUUCCUGCUCUCGGAAGCAGAAAAAGCGCAAACGCAGGCGCAGGUGCAGCCAGGGCCGACAUCUCCAUCGCCUGCAUCACACGUAUCACUGCCACCGACGCCAGGAGCAGCAGCAGACGCCGGCAGCCCGGCGUUACCGUCAGCGGCGACAGGCGGCAAGCGGCCCUCAUUCAACCUCAACGCGCUGGCCAACCUGCGACGAGGCAGCGCUGGAGCCAGUGGGAAUGGCGUGCCUGCGCAGGCUACGGAAGGGGUACAUGAGAAGGGAAAGAGCCGAGCGGCGUGAUUUGUGAGACGCUUUUGCGCUCGCUCGCAUGUGCUUUACGUUUGAGCGGGUAAAGCAACAUGGGGCGCAUAUUCGGAGAUACGAUCCGUUAGGUU